AUGGCGAUGGCACUCAGGUUGAAGCCCUCAGGGCUGAGUCGGCAAAUAUGUUCCAAACCGAUCACAUCCAAAGUCCCUAGCCGGUAUGCGGCGUCUAAUUCCCGGUCAUACGCUACUUCCGACCGUCUCCCGAAGAUCGCAGACGCCUCAGUAUGGACGUCGAUGAUACCCAGAUUUAUUCGAGAUCGCAAAUCGCGCGGAACAAAGAAAACCAAGGAAUGGAACCCAGCCACAUUUUACAUCGUUAUGUUUACUCUGAUCGGAUCACAAGCUAUCCGUAUGCUGUCCUUGAAGAACAGCUAUGCGACAUACACCCGCACCACGGAUGCGAAGAUUGAACUGCUGAAGGAGGUCAUCGAACGGAUCAAGAAUGGGGAGAAGGUCGACGUGGAAAAGCUAUUAGGGACAGGAGACAACGCGCAGGAGCGAGAGUGGGAAGAAGUCUUGAGAGAAAUUGAGCAAGAAGACACACUGUGGCAGCAGAGAAAGAACAAGGAUACGAAGAAUGAAAGCAGCGAGACCAAACUGGAGGUGACACAAAACCCGGAAGCCAAAGAAUCACCAGUACCUGCUACCCCAAGUGCAGAUGAACAGUCAACGAAGACGCCGCCCAAGCGGAAGUUGAACUUUUUCUAA